AUGGCUACUAGGCACUUGCUCUUCAAAACGACGUCACAGUUCCUCUCCCACUCCUUCCAAAUCCAACCGACUAAUCGUUUCAACUAUUCCCUCAGAACUAUCUACUCUUUCCUUUACCGGGAUCAUUACAGAAACUUCUCCUCUACAGCAUCUGAUUACAUCACCGGAGAAUUGAAUUCCUCAGUCGCUGCCGCUUUAAAUGCUGAUAGCCGUGUCCCCGCCACCGUAAUAACCGGGUUUCUUGGCUCUGGCAAGACCACCCUUUUGAAUCAUAUAUUGACAUCUCAACAUGGAAAGCGGAUUGCUGUCAUUGAAAAUGAGUUUGGUGAAGUAGACAUUGAUAGUUCAUUAGUUGCUAGUCAUUCCUCUUCUAAUGAAGAGAUUGUCAUGGUAAAUAAUGGUUGUCUGUGUUGUACUGUUCGUGGAGAUCUUGUCAAAUUGCUUUUGGAGUUGGUUAAAAAGAAGCGAGACAAGUUUGACCAUAUUGUUAUAGAAACGACAGGUCUUGCAAAGCCUGGUCCAGUUAUUGAAACAUUUUGUAGUGAUGAGCUGCUUUCACGUCAUGUGAAACUUGAUGGUGUUGUUACUUUGGUUGACUCCAAGCAUGCCAUGAAACACUUAAAUGAAGUAAAACCAAGGUUUGUAGUGAACGAGGCUGUGGAACAAAUUGCUUACGCGGACCGCAUUAUUCUGAACAAGAUAGAUUUGGUGGCUGAUCCUGAUGUGGAGUCACUGACAAACAGAAUCAAGCAUCUCAAUGGGAUGGCACAAGUAAAGCUUGCUAAAUAUGGGGUAGUUGACAUGGACUUUGUUUUGGGAGUGGGGGGUUAUGAUCUUGACAGAAUUGAAUCUGAAGUUCAUUCAAACAAUUCUCAUUGCUCACAUCAACAUGAAAGUGGUCAUGAACAUCACAAAGGACAUCAUCAUGAUCAUGUACACGAUUCCGCGGUCUCCAGUGUCAGUAUCGUUUCUGAGGGAACCCUAGAUCUUGAUUAUUUUGAUGAUUGGCUCGAAAGAUUGAUAGAAGAGAAAGGGGAUGACAUUUACAGGAUGAAAGGAAUACUUUCUGUCAGUGAUUCUGAGCAGCGUUAUGUUUUCCAGGCUGUACACUCUACUUUAGAUGGCUGCCCAGGCAAGGAAUGGGGACCAGAUGAAGUACAAAAUUCAGGGAUCUGGGGUUAUUUGGACUCUGGGCCUAGAAAUCACUGA